AUAUUUCAACUGUGUAAACAUGAAAAGUUUGUCAUCAAUUUUAAUCCAGUUACCAUUAACUUUGUCCGGUUGGAUUGUUUUAGUGAACCACAUUUUAUCACCAUCAACCUACCUCGUAUCAUCAUCAUGGGAACAAUGGUGGACCUAUGAAGGCAUUUCAGGACCCAAUUUUUGGGGAAGACUUAAUCCUAAAUGGAGCUUAUGCAGUAAAGGUAGAAGACAAUCGCCCAUUGACAUUGACCCGGAAGCUUUACUUUUUGAUCCUUUUCUUUCACCUCUUCAGUUAAUUGGUGACCAUGUAAACGGAAACUUGAUCAACACGGGUCGAGGUAUAAUCUUCAAAGUAUCAGGAUUAAACAAAUCAGAAUCCAUUGAGUUAUCAUCAGCUUCAUUAUCUGGUUCAUCACCUUCCGUUAACUUGGCUAAUGGUCCAUUAACUUAUCGUUACACUUUGAACCAUUUUUCACUUCAUUAUGGUCGUAACAUUUCAAAAGGAUCAGAGCACACCAUUGGUGGUAUUCAGUUUCCCGGUGAGAUACAGUUUUAUGCCUACAAUUCAAUUCUCUAUGAUUCAUGGGAAGAGGCUUCACUUCGAGCUCACGGAGUUGUUGCUGUUUCCGUCCUUUUACAAAUAUCUCAUGACUCCAAGCAAGCCAAUAAUCAGUUGAGAAGGAUAACUCAUGCACUUAAAAAUAUCACAACUACAGGAAGUUCUCAGAAGAUGGAAUCUUUGUCAAUCAAAGAGAUUAUGCCUGAAGCCAUGAGAAGACAAUAUCUAACCUAUGAUGGUUCCCUGACUGAACCAGGUUGUUAUGAAACAGUCCAAUGGAUAAUAUUGAACAAACCAAUUUACAUGACAAGUCACCUUUUCCAUUCCCUGCGAAUGUCUUCCUCAACCGAUGAACCCAGCCACGGAGCUGACAACUAUCGUCCCAUCCAACGACUCAACUCACGGCCAAUAAGAACCAACAUUAACUUUGAAACUUCAUAUCAAAUCUCAUUAGAGGGACACGAUGAGAGGUUGUCUGAAAAAUUUGAUGGACCCGAGUAUGUAACUGAAUUUGGUAAAAAAAUGGAUCAAAAUGUGACAUCUAAAAGGAAAGGUUCAUGUUCCAUGAAAAGAUCUGUCACCUACAGAGCUAAUUCACCGAGAAUCAUUGAAACUUAGUGAUUAAAUCACAGGUUAAAGUGAUUAGUUUGGAAACCAAAAAGCAAAGUAACAAUGGAAUCAAAGAUAACUAUUUUUCAAUGGACUCUUGUUUUCACGUUUCAAAAGUAGUUUAAAUUGUUGCUCAAAAUUGUUUCUCAAAUUAUGGUUACAUGGAUUAACUGUCUUGGUUGCACUCAGAUAAUCAGCAAUUAUUUGUGAUAUUUAUUCAUACAAAUCAGUAAUUUAGACUCGCCUUUUUUCACUUCACUUAAAAUGUAAAUUCAAUUUUUCAUUUACUACAUUUGGUUCAGUUUUUACCUUAGAAAUUUUGUUCAGUCAACAUUUUUCUUCAUUGA